UAUGGCUGUUCACUAAGUCUCUGAAGCAAAUAAUUWAAAAAAAAUGCCUAUUGAUAUAAAUAGCAAUGAAAUAAAUGGUGCUAAAAUCAGUCAAGCAAAUAAUGUAUUUUAUCAGGAUAAUUGGGUUACACGUGCAAAACGUGCCAAAAUACUAGGCAAUGGUUUCAGAGGAUGUACUAUAUGGCUAACAGGAUAUUCUGGCGCCGGUAAGACUACUAUUGCCUUUAAACUGGAGGAAUACCUGUGCAAACACAAAGUGUUCACCUAUGCACUGGACGGGGAUAAUAUCAGACAYGGACUCAAUUCAAAUCUUGGAUUCAGUGCUGAGGACAGGACUGAAAACAUUAGGCGCAUAGCAGAAGUGGCCCGACUUUUUGCCGAUUCCGGAGCCAUAGUUUUGACCAGUUUUAUCAGUCCUUUUUAUAAGGACAGGGAUAAUGCUCGCUAUAUCCAUAAGAAAGACGGUCUGUCAUUCUUCGAGGUGUUUAUCGAUACACCACUCGAUGUUUGCGAACAACGGGAUGUAAAAGGUCUCUAUAAGAAGGCACGGGCCGGACAUCUAACAGCUUUUACUGGCAUUGAUAGUGAUUACGAGCGACCCGUGAAUCCAGAUUUACGGCUUCUGACUAAUGAGUUGUCGGUCGAUGAGUGCGUUCACAGGAUUGUUGAUAUGCUAAUUGAAAACAAAGUUAUCUCCGAAGAGCUAUCAAAAGAUUAUAUCGACGAUCUAUUUAUAGCCGACUCGAAGUUAGAAGACUACAAAAUUUUAGGCAAUAAUUUACCACAAAUUCAGAUAACUGAGCUCGACUUGCAAUGGAUACAAGUACUGUCCGAGGGUUGGGCGCCCCCUUUAAAAGGAUUUAUGCGCGAAACUGAAUAYCUACAGUGCCUUCACUUUGGUUUGUUAGUCAAUAAGGGCAUCAAAAAUCAAUCCAUACCUAUUGUGUUGGCCAUUGGCGAUGAGGAUAAAGAAAAUCUAACUGGCCAAACAAAAGUAGCACUCAAAUACGGUGAUCAAUUGGUGGCCAUUAUYGAAGAUAUCGAGAUCUAUGAACACCGAAAGGAGGAACGAGUGGCGUCGGUAUUCAAAACGACUAACUCGGGUCAUCCCUAUAUCAAAAUGAUUAUGCAAAUGGGGAACUGGCUAUUAGGUGGUGACCUACGGGUGUUUCGCAGAAUCCAAUGGAAUGACGGACUCGACAAAUAUCGUUUGACACCUCAAGAGAUCCGUCAGAAACUUAAUGAUAUGAAUGCGGAUGCAGUGUUUGCUUUUCAAUUACGAAAUCCCAUACAUAAUGGCCACGCAUUGUUGAUGCAAGAAACCMGACGUCAAUUGUUGGCCAAAGGAUACCGAAAUCCGGUGCUAUUGUUGCAUCCAUUGGGCGGUUGGACUAAGGAUGACGACGUGCCACUCAAAACACGAAUACUACAGCACCGGGCGGUACUUGACGAGGAAGUAAUUGAUCCGCGAACCACACUAAUGGCUAUAUUUCCGUCACCGAUGUCCUACGCCGGCCCGUGCGAAGUCCAAUGGCAUGCAAAGGCUCGUCAAGUUUGCGGUGCCAACUAUUAUAUCGUCGGUCGAGAUCCGGCCGGAAUACCUCAUCCCGAAACAGGCAAAGAUCUAUAUGAGCCGACACACGGUCGCAAAGUGUUGCAAAUGGCUCCGGGAUUGAAUGAUCUGGAAAUUAUACCUUUCCGAGUGGCCGCUUAUAAUAAGAAACUUAAACGAAUGGAUUUUUACGAUACGGCCAACAAUGCUGACUAUGAAUUCAUAUCGGGUACCAAAAUGCGGACAUUUGCCAAAACAGGUGUCACACCGCCCGACGGAUUUAUGGCACCGACGGCAUGGAAAGUAUUAGUCGACUAUUACCAGAGCAAGAAUUAA